UUAUCUAAAAAUUUAAAGCUAGUUCUCGCGCCAAUGAACAGCUUAAUAUCACCAUAGCUGCCCCGAAGUCGCAGUUGCUUCUCAGCUAUAGUUUUUCAGUGGCAGUCGCGAGCCGACAUGCAACCGUCAUGGAUAAACAUUGAUGAACAUAGUCGUGGAUUUGCACACAAAGCCGAGCUUUUGAGUAUUUGCAAAAUAGUUUAACAACUCGUAAUUGAACCUACAACUUGACUUUUGAUGGAUUGAACAGCUCAUCCCCGGCUCUGAAAAGCGUGAAGACAAGUUUACAAGUGUAAAGUGGAAUGAGGAGCGGGAGCGGUACACCGGCCCCACACGAAAACUUUCUCUUCAUCGAAUUGUUUGGUCUUCGCUUCUUUCACUUGUGAAAUCUAUGUGAGCGCGCUGCGUGGUCUUUUCAGAGGCCAGUGGGAAAAUGCAUACCGCCAAAGAAGGGCAAAAGGCCCUCAAGGCCGACGACGAAGUAGAGGACUGCAGGUUUUCGGACCCGGAUCAGUACCUGGAACACCUUCUGAACGAUGGAAGCCAGGAGGGGGACAGUGGAGCCGCAUUGGAGUUGCCGUCAUGGUACGAUGAGCAGCUGUUCAUGCGGGGUCAGAAGUAUUUCCAAGUUUAUCGCUUUGUGAUGAAUGCAGGAAUGCUAGCCGGACUAAUUGGUGUACUAGCCGUUCCCUCGAUUCUGAAAGUGCUCUCGUGCACGCGCCAAUCCUCGACUGCAUUUACGGCCUACCGGCGAUACGUGCGCACUAUUUUUCAUACCCAAACUUGGUACAACAAUAAUAUAUCAGAUCGAGGGAGCAAGUUUUGGACCAGUAUUGCUGCUGUUCGCCAGGCGCACUCGCGAUCCAGCAAGGCCUGUGCCCGUCAAGGAGCAGGGCAGAUCACCCAAAAGGAUCUGGCGCUGACACAGUUUGGGUUCAUUGGAUUCAUUACCAUGGGUGCACACCGGAUUCAGCUGUAUGAUAAGGAUUUUUUGGAAGCCACCACGCACAUGUGGCGGGUCCUAGGAUUUUUGCUGGGGAUCAAGAAUGAGUACAAUAUUUGUGGUAGAAACUGGGAGGAAUCAAAGCUCCGAUUGGACAUCGUCAUGCGAAAAGUUUAUGAACCCGCUUUGGAAAAGACUGGAGAGGAUUUCCGCCGCAUGACGGAGGCCUUAAUUAACGGUUUGUGGCAUGUGAAUACCAUGCUGUCGGUGGAUGCCCAGAUAUUCUUCACCAAGCGGCUGGCCUGCGUCAAAGGAUUCGAGUACUACAGAUUUGAUCAUGAAAACGGAGUGAAGCGGGACCCCAACCAGAAACUGCACUACUACGAUAUGGGCUGGUGGGAUCGGUUUAUUGUGACCUAUGGGCUCUUUUUAGUCACCUAUCUGCAUAAGUAUGCCAUUGUGCGGUGGUAUCUAAACUUUCGCGUUUGGCUCGUGGAUGUUUUUACUUAUUACUUGCCCUAUAUUGCCAUUUGGAAGUUUGGAAUCAAAUCGGCUUACGUGCGGAUUUUCCGGGAGGGGGGCGAAGCCCAUGAUUUUGUUACGAGUCAUAAAUAUGAUUAGAUAUUGUUUUUAGAUGUUCUUUCCCGAAUAAAUAAGUUAAAACGUUAUUUGCCA